CGCCGAUCUAAUCUUUUCGCGCACGUUAUAACCAUUUCUCGUUUACAUUCUUUCUUUCACCACCAUACCCUAAAUUUUACUAUUCUGUUCAAAGAUGGUUGUUAAACUCGAGAAGCCCGAGCAAUACAAAGAGUUCCUUGAUAAAUUCGAUGUAUUCUUAUUUGACUGCGAUGGUGUCCUUUGGAGCGGUAAGGAUCCACUACCAGGUGUUAAGAAGACAAUGGAGCUACUACGCUCUUCAGGCAAACAAGUUUACUUUGUUUCCAACAACUCUACCAAGUCUAGAGAGGAUUACAUGAAGAAAAUAAAUGCGCACGAAAUAGAAGCAAAGUUAGAGGAAAUUUACCCAAGUGCUUAUUCAUCGGCCAUUUAUGUUAAGAAGGUUUUAAAUCUCCCUGAGGAUAAAAAGGUGUUCGUUCUUGGUGAAGGAGGUAUAGAAGUUGAACUUGACCGCGUUGGUGUUAAACAUAUUGGUGGCACAGACGCUUCUUUAAGAUGCGCUGUUACGUCUGAAGAUUUGGAUAACAUACGCCCCGACCCUUCCGUUGGUGCUGUUUUGUGUGGCAUGGAUAGACAUGUGACCUAUAAGAAAUACUGCAUGGCUUACCAAUACUUGCAAGAUCCUGACUGUGCUUUCCUCUUAACGAAUCAAGAUUCCACAUUCCCUACAAACGGUACCUUUUUCCCGGGAUCCGGUUCUGUUUCUUAUCCGUUGAUUUUCUCCACUGGUCGUACUCCCAAAGUACUGGGAAAACCCAAUGACGAGAUGAUGGAGGCUAUUGUUGCCAGCGUUCAUUUUGAUCGCAAAAAAGCUUGUUUCGUUGGUGAUCGCCUAAAUACUGACAUUGAGUUUGCUAAGAACUCUGGUUUAGGUGGUUCUCUUUUGGUUCUCACUGGUGUGAGCAAGGAAAACGAAAUUUAUGAAAAGGAUGCCCCUGUCGUGCCUGAUUAUUAUAUUAACUCCCUUGGCGACUUGGCUAAUGUAGCUUAGCUGAACCUUUUAUAGAGCUUUUUCAUGACUAAAUUUUGAUUUUUUUUUGGAAAAUUUACUACUGUUUUAAUUCACUAAGCAUCUUCAAACAAUAUGUUUUGUUUAUAAAGAG